AUGGAACUCUGGGAGGCUGAGCGGGAGAGGUGGGAAAGUUGAAUGAAACAAGUGCUUCCACAUCAGCUGUCCGGAUACCUUGUCACAGUUAGAGUAUCAAGAUAGAACCUUGACCCGUCUUCCUCCAACCACCCCCUCUGAUUCAAGAUAGAACCAGGACCCAUCUUCCUACCACUGCACCCUCCACAACAACUACAGUCAUGAUGAACAGACAUCCUGAUGCCAAUUCCACGCCUCCAGCCAAGAAACCAAGGACGACUUCAGGGGCCUGUGAACUGACAUUUUCCCAAGAAUCCAAUCACCAAGAGGAUCCCCAGUCAUGGCAGUUAUGGUCUGUGAACGAGCUUGCAGAACAACUCACUCAGACAGGUUUACAGGAAUUGGCAGAAAAGUUCCAAGAGGAAGAAAUUGCAGGGAGACAUCUGCACUUUGUCUCUUAUGAAAGGUUAAAAGAAAUGGGGAUCAGAAAAAUGGGUACAAUCCUUGAAUUUGAGAAGUUCUUACAUGAUAUUGGAUGUAAGGCCAACAAAUGCAAUACCUAUCACCCCAAUACAAAGAUAUUCAAUGAUCCAAUCCAUGGCCACGUGGAGCUGCACCCGCUGUGUGUGAAGAUCAUUGACACACCACAGUUCCAGAGACUCCGUUUCAUCAAGCAACUCGGAGCUUGUUAUUUCGUCUUCCCUGGAGCAGCACACAACAGAUUUGAACACAGCAUUGGAGUUUGCCACCUGGCUGGGCAGCUGACACGGACAUUGCAGCGACGUCAGCCGGACCUGAUGAUCACUGACAAGGAUAUUCUGUGUGUGGAGAUCGCAGGGCUGUGUCAUGAUCUCGGACAUGGUCCCUUCUCACAUCUCUUUGAUCGGGAUUUUAAGCCUCUAGUGUCAGGAGCAGAGUGGAAGCAUGAAGACGCUUCUGUAGAAAUGUUUGAUCACUUGGUAAAGGAGAACAGCCUGGAAUCUGUGUUUGCACAGUUUGGUUUGACUGAAACUGACCGCAUCUUUAUCAAGGAACAAAUCAAGGGCCCCCCGGAAGAAGAACUUACGCAAACUGUUUAUCCUUACCAAGGGAGAACCAAAGAAAAAAGAUUCCUGUAUGAAAUUGUUGCCAACAAGAGAAAUGGUAUUGAUGUUGACAAGUGGGAUUACUUUGCUCGAGAUUGUCACAUGCUGGGCAUUAAGAACAACUUUGAUCACAACCGCUUCAUGAAGUUUUCGGUCAUCCCUGUUGAGGGGGUCAUGCAGAUCUGUGCUCGGGACAAG